AUGCGUUUCAGAACACUCGAUGAACUAGGCCAGGGGGAUCAGUUGGUGCGGUUGAUUGACACUGCUGGUGGAGAUGUUCAUAACCUCCAUCUUCGAGGCACGGAUGUGGUUCUCAUCCCACAGCCAUCCCAAGACAUCAAUGAUCCGCUUCGAUGGCCAUCUUGGAAGAAACAUUUUGCCUUCUUGAACGUUUGUCUCUUCGCUUUCAUGAUCACCGGGUAUGUGGGUGGCUUCUCACCUGCUCUAUUCGUGCUUGGCAUCGAGUUCGAAAAACCCAUGAAUGAGAGUAUAAACCUCAUCCUCUGGCCGCUCUUGGUAUCUGGACUUGGUAACUUUUUCUGGGUUCCGGCUGCGGAAUACGUGGGCAAACGCCCUGUUUUUGUGGUUGCGUCUCUGAUGACCUUUUUGGGAAUGGUUGGCUCCGCAAUCUCCAAAGACUUUCAGACACUUCUGGCUUGCCGGAUCAUCGUUGCUGCUGGUGGUUCAUCGACUGAGGCUCUGGGUGCUGCCAUCAUCAAUGACAUCUUUUAUCUUCACGAACGAGGGUCCAAAAUGGGACUCUAUAUCAUCUUCCUCUACGGAGGCAAUUCUGUCAUGCCCUUGAUUUCCGGCUUUGUGAUUGACCGCGCUGGAUGGCGGUGGUUUUGCUGGUUGUGUGCUAUUAUCUCAUGCUUGAACUUCUUGGCAAUCUUCUUCUUUGUGGAGGAGACGAGAUUUGAACGCAGUACCACGCCCAUUGCACAGCAGACCACCGAGAUACCCUCAGCAAAAUCAUUAGCGCAUGGCUCUCAAGAGGAGCACUUGGAAAAAGUCAACAUUUCUGCUACUGAAAGCUCCCCCCCAACUGUGCCUGAGGGCUCUGAGCUCACUGGAGUCAAGAAAUCUUAUCUUCAAACAUUGAAUCUUUGGUCUGGGGUUAGCGAGCAAUCGUUCUUCAGCCACUUCAUGCGACCUUACCUCAUGUUCGUGUAUCCAGCUGUAAUCUGGGCGACUAUUACCUACUCUCUUGUCCUUGCUUGGCAGAUUAGUGCCGGCACGGUCACAUCGUUUAUCUUUCAAGUUCCACCAUAUAGCUGGUCACCGAGUUUGAAUGGCCUGAUCAACAUUCCGGCAAUAAUAGGCAACCUUGUGGGGGCAUAUGUUGGUGGUCCACUGACAGACAAGUGGGCCCGACGCUGGGCCCGCCAACAUGGUGGCAUCUUCAGUGCCGAGUCUCGCUUGGUCCUGCUGAUAGUCCCCGCCCUCCUUGUUCCCACUGGCCUCUUGAUGUUCGGCUUUGGUGCCGAACGUUCACUUCACUGGAUUGUGAUGUUCAUUGGCUAUGCUUUGAUGAAUACUUGCAACUGUGCCGCCAGUAUCGGGAUGACAUAUGUCAUGGAUUCAUACUUUGGCGUUGCGGCUGAAGGCUUGCUCUUGGUCAAUGGUUUGAAAAAUACUAUUGCAUGGGGCUUCACUUAUGGGUUUGUUCCGUGGACUGAGAGUGCUGGAUACGCUAGGGUCUUUGGUAUCAUGGCUGCCUUGUUCUUCGCCUGGAUGGUUGCUGCAAUUCCACUCCACUAUUUCGGAAAACGCUGGAGAGACUGGACUGCGCGCAAGCUGAGGGUCAUUUUCUGGUAA